AUGAACGAUAAUGGCUCUGCUACUGCUCCGGAGCCGCUGCUGACAGCACCACCACCACUGCUAACAAACCUGACGCCAACUCAGCUGACGCUGACGCCGCCGCUGGCUCAGCUGACGCUGCCGCUGGCGCUGAAACCAGACGCUCCCAGCGCUCAAAGCGCUCAAGGCGCCCAACAGUGUCUGAACUGCCACACCACCAAAACACCGCUCUGGCGACGAGCGCCUGACGGCACCCUCAUCUGUAACGCCUGCGGCUUAUACUAUAGGCUGAAUAACUGUCACCGUCCUGUCAACUUAAAACGCCCGCCUCAAACGAUCGUGGUUUCCAAGGUGAAGGAAGGGCUGUGUAAAGGUGACGGCCGGUGUAACGGUACUGGAGGGCUGGCGGCGUGUAUGGGGUGUCCGGCAUUUAACAACCGCGUGAUGCUCGCCAAGCGCAAACUUGAAACCGACGGUGAAAAGCCGACCACGCCAUCCCAAUCAGCUGACGCCCUGGCGCUGAGCGACGGUACCGACUCCCUCGCCAUCGCCUGCUUUAAUUGCGCCACCACCAUCACCCCGCUUUGGCGCCGCGACGACGCCGGCAAUACCAUCUGUAAUGCCUGCGGUCUUUACUACCGGCUCCACGGCAGCCACCGCCCGGUAAGGAUGAAGCGGGCGACGAUCAAGCGCCGCAAGCGCACGGUGGCGGCGCCGACAAAACAGCCACCAUCGCCGCUGGCGCCUUUACCCGCGGCGCCCACAGCGCCCACCGCUCCCACCGCUCCCACUAAUACUGUCACUCCCCCCGCCACCACCGUGGUGUCGCCGUCGCUGGAAGUUCGGCGAAUGCCGCCGAUACCGCAAAUGCAGCUCCCGCUGCCCAUACCCGGCUACUUGCCGCAACCGCUCCCGCCGUCGCAAGCGCCGCCAGCGCCCCAAGCGCUGCUGGUGCGCCUACCGCCGAUCAAUCUCCGCAGCGUGCUGCCCACGCUCCACGCGCCCCCAGCGCCGACAGCGCUGGCAGUGAAGACAGAACCGGCGCCAACCACAGUUGCGACGACGAUAAAACGGGAGGCCGACGCCAAGGAGGCGCCGCGGACGCCGUUGGCAACGGCGCCCAUUGUCGAGCGCACCCCGCACGCCGCCACCAAGGAAGGGUGUCUGUGCUGUUCGCGGGCGCAGUCGGCGCCCCCCGUCGCCGUCGACUUCACCAAGGCGUUCCCGCUGGGCGACGGCGACCGCCGCCACAACAUCUCCAUCGACCGCUUGCUUAAUUGA